AUCACCAUUCUUCAUCCCUCGUUGUCAUCUCACAGCUUGGGCUAGAGACCAAACAAACCAAAGGGAAGCAUGGCAGCAGGCCUGCAAGUGUUUGGCCAGCCGGCGUCUACUGAUGUUGCCAGGGUUCUGACGUGCCUGUUUGAGAAGAAAUUGGAGUUUGAGCUUGUCCGCAUUGAUACAUUUAAGACACAUCACAGGCUUCCUGAGUUCAUCAGGCUGCGGGAUCCGAAUGGGCAAGUGACCUUCAAGCAUGGCGACAAAACCCUUGUUGAUUCAAGGGACAUAUGCCGGUACGUUUGCAACCAGUUUCCAAAUUACGGAAACAAGAGCCUCUAUGGAUCUGGUGCUCUAGAACGGGCAUCGAUAGAACAGUGGCUCCAGGCAGAAGCCCAGAACUUUGGCCCUCCCAGCUCUGCGCUUGUGUUUCAGCUGGCGUUCGUUCCGCACCUCAGUCACCUGGGCGUUCGUCAGGACCCUGCUGUUAUUGCUGAAAACGAGGACAAACUGAAGCAGGUUCUUGAUGUUUACGACGAAAUACUCUCCAAGAACGAGUACCUGGCUGGUGAUGAGUUCACCCUGGCCGACCUGUCUCACCUUCCGAACUCGCACUACAUCGUAAACACCGAGAGAGGAAGGAAGCUCUUCACCAACAAGAAGAAUGUGGCGAAAUGGUAUGACAGGCUCUCGAAGCGCGAGACAUGGGUGCAGGUCGUCAAGAUGCAGAAGGAACAUCCUGGUGCGUUCAAGUAAUGGCUUGUCUUGGGGAGUUGUGAGUAUGGCUUCAUCGUCCGUGUUGGUCUGGCUCAUCAGUGUUAAAAGCCCAUCAGUGUCGUCAACCAGAAUAAUGUGAAGCCCAACUGUGAUGUAUGGUCUUUUUUUUUUAAAAGCGCAUUUGUAAACUAUUGGCUAUUUCUUGCACGUGCCAAUUCAUCGUCACAUAUAAAAUAAACUGUAUCUUUGACCUUGUGUCAUGUACGCAAAA